GAUGAACAUACUGAGAUAUUCAAGAUGGGCAGCAACAGUACCAGCACUGCUGAGAAUAAUUGCAAUGUUACACAUCUCACAUUUCAGUACUCUCUGUAUGCAACCACCUAUAUCUUCAUAUUCAUCCCUGGUCUCCUGGCUAACAGUGCAGCCCUGUGGGUUCUGUGUCGCUUCAUCAGCAAGAAGAAUAAGGCCAUCAUUUUCAUGAUCAACCUCUCAGUGGCAGAUCUCGCUCAUGUCCUGUCCUUACCUCUCCGGAUUUACUACUAUAUCAACCGUAACUGGCCAUUCCAGAAAGCCCUUUGCCUACUCUGCUUUUAUCUGAAAUAUCUCAACAUGUAUGCCAGCAUUUGCUUCCUGGCAUGCAUCAGCUUUCAGAGGUGCCUCUUUCUCCUCAAGCCAUUCAAAGCCAGAAACUGGAAGCGUAGGUAUGACGUGGCCAUCAGUGCUGCCAUCUGGGUCAUCGUGGGGACUGCCUGUUUGGCAUUUCCCAUCCUGAGAAGUGCUGGUUUAGCCAACAACACGGAAUCCUGCUUUGCUGAUCUUGGAUACAAACAGAUGGACACAGUGGAUAUGGUCACCAUGGUUACAGUUGCAGAGCUGUCUGGAUUUGUGAUUCCAGUGAUCAUCAUUGCAUGUUGUACCUGGAAAACAACUAUAUCCUUGAAACAGCCACCGAUUGCUUUUCAAGGGAUUAGUGAGAGGAAAAAAGCACUGCGGAUGGUUUUCAUGUGUGCUGCAGUCUUCAUCAUUUGCUUCACUCCUUAUCACAUUAACUUCAUUUUUUACACCAUGGUAAAGGAAAGCAUCAUUACCAGUUGUCCCAUUGUCAAAAGCACACUGUAUUUCCAUCCUUUUUGCCUGUGCCUUGCAAGUAUCUGCUGCCUUUUGGACCCAAUUCUUUAUUAUUUCAUGGCUUCAGAGUUUCGUGACCAACUGUCUCGCCAUGGCAGCUCCGUUACCCGUUCACGUCUCAUGAGCAAGGAGAGUGGCUCAUCAAUGGUUAGCUAAAAUGAAAUAAUUCUUCAGCCAUUAUUCUCUUUACCAAUGUUGUUUGGUCUGUUCCAAAGGUAGGAAUUGCUAGGCAAACAGUUUCUUUAAUUGAACACUGGAAAUAGCGGAGAUAAAUUUUAUUGUGUGAUGGUUGUGGUCACAGAUGAUAGAGGCACAAUGUAAAAAAUGUGGGAGAAGAAAAGAAAAUGAGAUCCAUCUGCUUCUAAUUUAAAAUUUAUGGCAUUUUAUUAUUUACAAGUCCCAGAUCAAGUUUUUACAGAUGUUUCCAACCAAAUAGAAAUUGAAUACGUGUAUUUAAAAUUGUCUUCUGUAAAUAGAAAAAUACUGAGAUGCCAGAUAUAUAUUCCUCUUUACAGAACAGUAAAUGUCUUCCAUAGAAUAAUUUUGCCUCUGAGUGGAGUAAAAAUUUCAAGUCUAAGACAUAAAACACAGGCAAAGUGACACAAAAAGUUAAAGCAUCCAAACAGCACUGAAUGAAGGGCAUGGAAUCCACUCCGUGAACAUUUAUAGAUGCCCAUCAUUUUCUGAGCUGGUAUUUUUUCAUGUAUUUUUACAUAUAAUAUCUCAUCUUACCUUUCUAAUAGAAGUGACAACAAAUAUGGAAAUGUAAAUACAAUUGCAUAAAUGUAAUAUCAGAGACGAUAAUUAACUUGGCUCGGGAUUAAGUAUAUAUGGCAUAUGCUUAUAUUAUUUAUUCCCCCUGCUUAUGUUUUAUAUGUAUUAGGUCAGUAGAUAAAGAUCAUUUUCAUACAGUUUUCUUAGGUUCAUUGGGAAAAAAUCCAUAGGUUGGGGAUUAGCACAAUUCUGGCUACAAAAUCUUCUAUGAUAAAUAUGUUGUCCUAAUACCGUGAGGAUAUGCAUAGUCUUUUUUUUUUUUUACACAAAAUACUAAUGAUCUUUAUUUAUAG